GUCUCUUCAAUUAAACUCUUUGUUGCUUGUCUUUUGCCUUUGGUUAUGGCAAAAACCUCGUCUACCUCAUUAACAAUUAGCACCUUUACAUAUACCGGGGGAGCUAAAUCCUAUACACUGGAAUGCAAGCCUGCUGGUGGUACUCAUCCUUACCCUUAUGACGCAUGCUCUACCUUAAAGUCUGUUAAAGGUGACUUCAAAUCAUUGAAAUCUUCAGAGGAUAUCUUGUGCUCAUUUGAUUAUCAACCUUUUACUGUAUCGGUUAUUGGAAGAUACAAGAAUAAAUCUGUUAAUUUCAGAGAAGUCUAUUCGAACCAAUGCUUUGCCAUAGCAUCACUAGAUGGUAUUGUUCCUUAAUAAACAUAUUUGAUCUGCUG